UCAUCAAAUUUCCUCUUGUUGAAUCCAGAUUACCCAGCCUGCACAGAGAAGACAUGUGCUAACGGUGCUUGCUACAACAACACUCAGCACUGUGAUGGGAUGCUAGAUUGUCGAGAUGGAUCAGAUGAAUCCAACUGCACGAGGCACUGUCAGUCGCAUCAGUUUGAAUGUGCCAGUGGAUACUGCAUCCCGAUGCCAUUUGUCUGUGAUCAUUGGGAUGACUGUGGCGACAGCAGUGAUGAGCAAAACUGUGAGUAUCGGACAUGUAGUGGGUCAGAGUUCGCCUGCAGUAAUGGGCGCUGUAUGCCUCAGCAGUGGGUGUGUGAUGGUAUCAAUGACUGUGGAGACUUUAGCGAUGAAAAUGGAUGCGGUGAGAUUGACACCUUCUCUCUCCUGUCAAUAUGCAACAGAUUCAGUCACAUCUAUUAUAUAAGAUUUAGUAAAAAACAUAUGAUUAAUUAGUUAACCCUAAAUUCUGAGGAUUUCAUACUUUCAGACCCAGGUAUCCGAGACUGUUACCCUGGCGAAUGGCCCUGUCCAGGCUCUUCAAUGUGUGUGCCUAUAAACAAAGUGUGUGAUGAACACCCUGACUGCCCUGGUGGAACAGA